AUGCUCCUCAUCCCACUGCCAGCCUGGCUGGCUCUGGGCAUCCUGCAGCUGCCCCUUGGCAGUUCCCAGGAAUGCCUGAACCGGCAGCAGGCACUCAGCGUGGUGCAGCAAAUGCAGAAGCUGCUGGUGGCACAGGAGACUGCCCACCUGCAGGGCACACGCGGGCUCCGGCACCAGCUUUCCAUCCUCCAGAGCCGCCUCCAGAGACCAGCCACCAAAUACAAUGAGAUGUGUCCACAGCUGGCAGUGCCCCUGAAUGGACGGAUGCUGGGCCGGAGCCUGCGGGUGGGCCACGAGGUUCACUUUGUCUGCGACACCGGCUUCCGGCUGGUGGGCUCGGAGACGCGCGUGUGCCGGCACAACCGCACGUGGAGUGGCACCCAACCUUUCUGCAGAAGUAUUGAUGACUGCUCCAGCAACCCGUGUGCCAACAGCGGGACCUGCGUGGAUGGCAACCAGAGCUACACGUGCCUCUGCCCCCCAGGCUGGUCAGGCCCCAGCUGCCAGAGCCCCAUCUACUCCUACUGGGUGACUCUGAGCAACACCUCCUUCAGCCGCCAGCCCCGCUGUGCCGAGGGCCGCUCGGGCUCCCGGCGCUGCAGCUGUGACACCGGCUUCCAGCUGCAACCUGGUGGCGUGUGCCAAGAUGUGGAUGAAUGCCAGCUCUACCAGUCCAGCCCCCAGACGCAGAUUUGCCUCCAUGACUGCCUCAACCUCCCUGGCUCCUAUCGCUGCCUCUGCCCCCCUGGGUAUCUGCUCCAUGCUGACCGCAAUGCCUGUGAGGACGUGAAUGAGUGCACUGGGAAGCAGCACAACUGCAGCCAGGGUGACCUCUGCAUCAACACCUUCGGGGGCCACCGCUGCGUGCGCCCCAAGUGCCCCCCGCCACGCCACAACACCAGCUAUGUCAAGACCUCUGCCUUCCAGUGCGAGAGGAACCCCUGCCCCAUGGACAGCAGAGCCUGCCAGCUGGCUGCCAGCUCCAUCUCCUUCCACUACCUGCCACUCCAGGCCAACCGCACUGUGCCCCGUGUCCUCUUCAAGAUGUCCACCACCCGCUUCGUGGGUGACAGCCUGCGCUUCGCCAUCACGGGCGGGCGGGGCCAGGGCGUCUUCGCCGUGCGGCGCUCAGACCGGCAGACGGGAGAGCUGCUGCUCACCAGCCCUGUGGCAGGGCCAGCCACGCUGGAAGUGGAGCUGGAGAUGAGCGAGUUCUCCCACAAAGUCCUCCUGGGCAAGCACAUCUUCAAGGUCACAGCUUUUGUGUCCCCAUAUGUCUUUUGA